UACAGUUAUUGGAGACGACCAAGAUUAGUCUAUUGUCUUCACUUUCGGGGGCAAAAUGCGAAGGUCUUGUCUACUCUUGUCUCCACAAGUAGUUAAGUUAUUCAGUUUAACGCCACAUCCAAAAUAUUUGUAAUGGCCAUCAACAAUAACAACAAUAUUCUCCGGAAAUUAUCGUCGGAGAGAGCCAGAGGAUAUUACCAGCUGAAUGAUGAAGAACCUACCUAUACAGCGCGAUAUCUCGGAAAGACAAAAGUGGUAGAGUUUUUGCGGCCCGAAAAUGGACUUUCGGUGAGUGCAAGAUGCGUAGACAAACUACACGAUGGUGUUCAAGGAAAGGGGAAGAAACGCAAGGUUUCGAUUUUGAUAUCGUCAAAUAUCUCCCGUGGAAUCACAGUCACUGACCAAGGUCCGGGAGUCAAGGAAGAAGUUUGCCAUAAGUUGUUUGACAUUGCUUACUGCUGUACAGACAUGCGAAACAAAAUGAUAUUUUCUUUCAUCGCCGAACAACAAGGAGAACUCCAAUGUCAUGCGUUUGUUUUUAAGACAGAGGAAACGGCAAAAGCAGUUUGCUUGGCGCUUGCAGAUGCGUUUAAAACCGCUCACGAAGAAUGGAUACGAAAACAGAAACACUAGAAGGCAGCAUAAAGAAGGAGAACGUUAUUUCUGUUUCUUAGAGUUCUCGUUCUGCUUUAGCAUUAACGAUGAGUCAAGGCAGAACUCGACCGGCUCAAGAACACGGAUUUUUUAACUUCGUAGCGGGCUAAAAACGUAAACUAGAGACAACUCCCCGCUGACUGUUGAACGAAGGUCAGAGAUUUUUAUCAUACCGUAGUUUAAUUUUUAUUUCAGUUUCAUCGAAAUCUGUUGAAUACUUCCACCAGAGAACCUCAAAAAGUCAAGUUUUUUCUUCUUGUAGGCUAGGAGGCCGUUACAUGGCACGUAACAGAUUAGGAAUGCAGUAUUUGCCCGAGGAAGUUCAUGAAAUAUUUUAGUUUUGAAACAAUGGUCGAUUAGGGUCGGGCCAAGGCAAAAGGCCACUGAAAUUUCUCACGUCAAGGAAAUUCGCAUCUUUUGAUUAAUGCAACGUAACGAGGGGUGGUAAAUUCACGGUUCGCUAGAUGUUUCGUUCACUUCGUUAAACUUGGAACACUUUCUCUUUCUUUCCAUGCCCGAUCGAAACCUUUAUCUCGUGACUAAAGGAAUUUAAUUUUCAGUUACUGUAUAGUGAAAUCCAAUUACGUCUAAACGAUCAAAAUCACACAGAAAUUUACGGUAUGGACAAUUAAUACUCGAGCGGUUUUCAUUGCGAAACAUUUAUCUUAGAGCUUUUGAUGUUCGUGAAUUUUACAAAAAUUGUCAAAACAGUAAAAAAGUAAUAUGAUAAGUGUUACGAAAUCUGUUCGAGUAAACAAACUGUGGUAGAUUGGUUAAUUAAAAAAAAAGGCGAAUGAAGAAUUUCAAAGCAUGAA